AUGAGAGAGGUUAAUGACUAUGAGAAACUGUACAGUUUGGAUGUACUGGGAGUCGAGGACCGGGGAGAGAACGAUCAGCUGGAUGUUCUGCGUGACUUUAAAGAGGGUGUUGUUAGAAGGCAUGAUGGAAGGUAUGAGGUUGGUUUUCCUUGGAUACCGGGAGUUACAUUAACGAACACAAAUGAAGCACUUAGCAGAAAGCGGCUCGAAAACGUGGAGAGAAAGCUGUCAAGAGAUAAGAAACUGAAAGGAGAGUAUGGCGGCAUUAUUGAAGAGCAACUCAGAGCUGGGGUAAUCGAGGAAGCACCUAAGAUUCCGUCUGGAAAUCGUGUAUUCUACAUGCCUCACAAGCCAAUUGUAAAGCGGAGUGCAGUUACAACUAAGGUUCGCAUGGUGUUUAACGCAAGUGCUAAGCCACAGCCUUUGACUUACAGCAUCAUUGAUUGCAUGUUCACUGGUCCUCCGUUGCAGCCGCUUCUUUGGGACAUAAUGGUUAGAGUGCGAAUGUCCGCAAGUCUGCUCCUUAGAGACAUAGAAAAGGCAUUUCUUCAGAUUGGUGUGAAGGAGGAGGAUAGAGAUGCAGUCAGAUUCUUGUUCAACAUUAAAGGAAUAGAGAAACAUUUAAGGUUUACACGUGUACCUUUCGGGGUUGAAGCAAGCCCUUUCCUACUAGGAGCAACUCUGCAACAUCACUUUGAACAAGAAGGGUCAGAAUUUGAAGAGACAGUAAGGGCACUUAAGGAGAACACAUAUGUUGACAAUCUCAUGCAAACGGGAGGAAAUGUAGAGAAACUCGUGCGGUUCAAAGAAGAGAGUACUGCCAUACUUGAGUCUGCCAGGUUUCCGGUGCACAAGUGGGAAUCCAAUGUGAAGGUUCUUGAAACAUGCUGCGCAGCAGCUGUUGCGGUGGUAGAACAUGAGGCAGGCGUGACCAAAGGAAUUCUGACCUCAAAGUCGCGAAUUUCAAAGAGAAGUACAUCGAUAGCAAGACUGGAGCUCGUGAGUGGCCACAUGGCAGUAAACAUGGCGAAGAACCUCAGCACGGCUCUCCAGCGUUGGCCCAUCCAAACCAUCAACAUUUGGAUGGACAGCAUGGUAGCACUAUAUUGGAUAACUAAUCCCGGGAGAGGAUGGAAGAUGUUUGUGUCAAACAGAGUAAAGAAGAUAGCAGAAACUGCGGGUCCAAUCAACAUCACUUGGAAGUACUGCCCAUCAGAGUUGAAUCUAGCUGACCUCGGGAGUAGAGGGGCAACCAUUGUGAAGAUGGAGAGAGGAAACUGGUUUGCUGGUCCGGAUUGGCUCUUGGACAAAAGGUGGUGGCCGGAGCAGCCAAGGCUGAAUAACACCAAAGAAACAGAUGAAGAGAUGUACUCUACCAAACCUUAUGGAGUGCCAGCAACUAGCACUUUGCCAGAAUAUAGAACUGAUGGGUGGAGACCGUUUGAAGUAACCGGAGUGGACUUUGCCGGACCCUUCGUGUACAAGGUCAGUAAGAAAGAACAAGGAAAGUGCUACGUCAUUAUUUUCACCUGUGCCAGCUCCAGAGCGGUUCAUUUGGAAGUUGCAAGAACCCAAACGGCAGAUGAAUUCAAGAGUAAGCUGAAUGUCUUUAUCUCGCGACGAACAAGACCUCGCAUCAUCAUCUCAGGUAAUGCCAAAACUUUUAAGGCCACAGCAGAUUGGAUCAAGACGGUGAGGAGAAGUGAGACUGAGUUGCAGAAUUAUUUAGCACGUGAGAACAUUCGCCGGCAGUUCAAUCUUGCAAAGUCACCCUGGUGGGGAGGAAACUAUGAGAGAUUGAUUAAGGAGAUAAAGAAGACCUUUGGGGAGGUCACAUCUUUCAUAUGA